AUGGAUUUGUGUAUGGAAAAUACCUAUUUAAAAAAUGUUGAAAAUUUAGACGGAAGUAAAAUUACAUAUAAUGAAAUUAAAAAAAAAGAAGAUAGUGAUGUUGAAAAGAAAGAAACUAAUAUUGAUAAUGAAAAUAACAAAAACUUAAAAAUAAACUUAAAGGAAGAUAAUAAUUUAAGUAUAGAAGAAAAUAAAGAAGAUAAAAUAAAUGGAAAGGAAAACAAAAUAAAUAGUGUAAAGCAUGAAAAUACUGAGAAGAAAAAUAAAAUUUUAAAUGAUUCAAUAAAUAUAAAUUGUAAUGAUGAUGAAAAAGAAACUAAAGAUGAUGCAAAUGAAAAAUAUAACAAAGGAGAUUAUGAAGGAGCACUGAAAAUAUGGGAAAGGGGGUUAAGAACUAUAAACUAUAUUUUAUCAAAAAAAGAAGAAUUAAAAAAUGAGAGAUUACAAACUUUCCAAAAAUUACAUUCAACCUACUGUAGUAAUAUUGCUCAAGGUUAUAUGAAAUUAAAUAAAUAUUCUGAAUGCGUUAGAUAUUCUUUAUUAGCACAAGAAAAUGAUAAAGAUAAUAUUAAAAUUUAUUUUAGAUUGGCUAAAGGUUACUUUAUGUUAGGUGAAUAUGAUAAAUCAAUAAAAGUAUUAAAUGAAGGAAUUAAGAUUAGUAAGGACAAAUCAUUAAUCAAUUUAUUAGUAAUGGUAAAAAAAAAAAAGCAAGUACAUUUAGAAAAAGAAAAACACAUGAUGAAAUAUAUUUUUAAAAGUCUUAAAGAAAAACCACUAACUAAUGAUGAAGAAAAGAAAAAUUCUUUUUUUAACAUCUUCUAUACCAUUUGUUCAUUGUUAUCAUUCAUAUUUAUGUACAUAUCCUUAUUUUAUAAAACUUGUAGUAAUUUGCUACAUUGCACUAUUAAUAAGUACAAAAUUAAAAAAGAAUGA